AUGUCUCUAUCUCUAAAGAUAACUAAACCUAUUAUUGGCCAGAUCAUGAACAAACCAAGAUCUAGAUUAGUCCGGUUUUUUGUCCCUAACAGUCUUAUACGCAGAAGGUCUAUAGCGAUCUUUGCUCCUACAGCACAUAAUAAUAGCAUCGCCAUGACCAAAGACUUAAAAGUAGUUGGGCACUGGCUUACUAUUGGGAUCUAUGUCCUAUUGGUCUUGUUAACUAGUGUAUGUGCCUCGAAUGCGGUAGUUAAGUCAAUUGACAAGGCGGGGUUAGCGCCGCAGAGUAUAAAAGAUAUAAGUCGAAUUAUGCGCCGCAUUGGAUUCACGAUUGAUAACAAAAGCGAUGUUAUAUCGGUUAAUCAUUAUAAUUCAAGCCAUGCAGCACAGGAAUUUCCUGAUACCAACUUAAUGGAACACAGACCCAGCUACAUAGUAAACUAUUCAGACAUAGAGCUUUACUUUCGGCUACCAAAGUACUCCGAUGUAGAACAAGAACAAGCACAAGCAGAUUUAAAUCAGCUAAGAAAGAUCGCUCUUAUUAACGCGACCUGUGUUUAUAUCUAUAGCAAAACCCUAAGCCGGGCUUGCUAUCAGACGAGUCUGCAGAUUUUAUCCAGAGUUGUUAACAUGAUUGACUGCGCGGUUCUGGAAAUUAGAUUAACGCCCAAUAUGUGCAAGAAUCUAGAUGCCAGCCAAAUCAAUUGGGAUAUUAUUCAGCAAGAAGCACUGAAUACGGUCAACCACACUCCUUACCUAUUAAGCACAAGCAUCAGGUUUUGGAGCCGUGGAAUGAGUAAACUGUCGCGUUUGAUCGAUAGCGGCAUUGUAUUGUUACGGCCAAUUUCAAACAUUCUUCUGACCGGAAACGAAAUAUCAAACACGCCCCUUCUCAUUUAUUUACCACUAGCAGAUAGAUACACUCUUACAUUCGGGACUAUAUAUAAACCGUUUGACAUUAACAUUAGCAGUCUGCAAGAUUCCCCAUCUGAAUGUCAAUCCAUCACCAUUAUAGGAUCUUUGAUACACAGAAUUAAAUUGAUCGGCCUGGAGAAUGCCCAUGUUAAACAUCCGACCCUAGCUCUACGAGCAAACUGGGAAGUCCUUCUCCAUUUGGGCAAGAAUAAUGGCCAUCUUAUUCAAGUAAAUACACUUUUGGGUAUGGACAUCAUACCGCAGACACUCCAGGCAUUCUCUCAGAAUCUUGUGAUGCUGCCAAAUUCUGUUCCCUGCAUAUCUGCUAUUCUGAUAUCAUCCAAAAUCAGUACUAUUAUGCCGUGUGGUCCAUUAAAGCAAUACAGCGUGCUAUACACUCAGAAUGCCUAUGUCCAGUUAGGCUUCGUAGUUAAAGAGAUCCAAAUAGAGUAUGAAAACAAUCGAUCCGAUCUAUUGGAGACUAUGGUAUUUUUCCAUGAGAUCACGGCGUUAUCAACCACAUUCGCGGAAGUUGUAGUGCAAUGCAUUAGAUGUUGUGGCGAGGCACUCAGUGUCCCCGGCUGGACAGUUCAGGAGACUGUCAACAUCAAGCUCAACCAUGAAUUCAUAGAAGCACAAAUCAAAAGAUAUACGGACAUCUACCCAUAUUUCUGUCAAAAUAUACGCUACACAGCCAUCACCAUAUAUUCAGAUAACCAACCCAACGAAUCUAGCGUUCAAAUGUGCAUUCGCAUACUAGGCCUGUUUUGGAACAUUACUGCCGAUGAGCUUAAGAUUGUGAAUGUCCGUAGUUCAAGCAACACCAGCUGCAACUUUAAGAUGGAUCUUCUCGACAAAGACAUGUGCUAUCCGACCUGGGCACACCUCAACAUUAAAAAGAUAGUGCUGGACAAUAUCGAUAUGCGCAUUAUCUAUAGAUUACUAAGCCUUUACGAGUUUGCCGUCAAUGUCGAACUGUUUAUUCUGAACCAACACUUCACUAACCUGGCUAUUGCUCAGAUUUUGUCCCAACCCACCAUCCACAAUAUCAACAGACUCACAAUCAAUGACUUCUACGAAAUAGACGAAGUCGUAAAGUACCACCACCAAGAUGACAUAGAGGACUUCUCGCUGUUUAAAUACGUGAAUACAGCCAAACAAGAAGGCAAAACAAUCAAAGAGAUCGGUUUACACAAAAUGGCCUUACAACUAACUGACGUCAACUUUGACUUGUAUAGAGAGACAUUAUACAAACUGUUAAGCUGUGGCAUUCAGAUUAUAGACAUGCCACUCAAUUGGUACCUUGAGUGCAGCACAACCUUCCACAGCCAAGCAAUCUUACUGGAUAAACAGGAGUUUACUAUACGCAAUGUUGUCCUAUCCGCCUUAGAAAUCGACCUUAUCACCAGCCAAACCCAAACUUCAUUACCACACGAUUCAAGCCAUCUAGUUCAGAAGCAAUCGGUCGAAAGACUCUUUUUACACUUCGACCACGGCCAAACUCUAACCGAAGCAAACCUAGCAACUAUUAUUAGAUGGAUAGGCUAUCGGUUUAAGGGCACAACCACCUUACAUAUAUCCAAUAUCAAUCUAUCCAAAAGCACGCAAAAUCUGAUACUCACCCGAAACUAUUUAAUUAUCUACCCAGAUACACUUACCACCAUUCAAAUAGAAAGUAAAGAUCCAAGCACAUCGCCUAUCAGCAUGCAAGUUCAUCCAUACUAUGCCAGUUUACUAGCCAACAUCACAAACCCCAAUCCGACAUUCACAGCCGUAUCCUCUACAACUCUAAUCCAGCUCCUACCCCAGGCAGGCAAAUUCCUCAACAACUGUCCCGACUCGAUUGGGUUCAGCCUCACAUUCAAAAGCAUUCUAACGCACCUCAUGAGCGAAAACAACCAAAUCCCCGGCAUUGAAUGUACAAUUUGUACCCGAGUCUUCUAUAUACCCCAUGGCAGCCAAGACACAGGUGCAAAUGUAUGUAUUGGGUUGAGUAAGGAUAGUGGAGAGUUGAGUAAGGAUAGUGAAGGGGUGGAUGAGGAUAGUGAGAAUAGUGGUCCAAAAGCCAAACGACCCCGCCUUAUGUUCGAUCCUGACAACGAAUUCCUUGCACUGUGUUACUUAAAAUGCGGGCACGUACUAUGUAACACUUGCGCGACUCAAAUCCAACAAGACAAUCGGUGUCCCAACUGCCGCCACCCCCAAAUUUGCCAAGACAUACACCAACUCAUAAGCAUACCUCAAGCCAACUUUAUUUCAGUCACAGACAGCACCAAUCUUCACCCAUUCAACCCCACUCAACCCAAUCCCAACUCAACCACCCCCACCCAAAUAUACCUCUACUUAGCCCACCAGCACACAUCCCACCUCAAAUCCUUCCUCAACAAAACAGCCACCACCUCCUCCCCUUACUACAUCCACAUCAUAUAA